AGCUAGUAUGGUCGUCACAUGACAGCGACGGGUGUCUGCUCUUCCUGGCGGUGUAGAUAGUCUCCUCGAGAUUUCUAGAUUAUCGUCGGUCCAGAAGGAGGUGUCUACAUCGAGUGAUAUCCACUUGAUAUCAUUUCUUUCUUUCGUCCGAGCACGCACACACACACACAUCUCAUAAUCAUGAACCUUAGAUACAUCGUCGGCUACACCUUUCUGGGCACCGCGACUGCAACGUCGAUUAUUCUGACUCUGUAUCAUGUGUUCACUGGUAAAGGAGAACGCGUUAGUGUAGCAUGGUUCCUGGAACAUACUUCGCCUUACAUGUGGUCUUGUGUCGGUAUUGGUCUCACGGUAGCACUCUCAGUUGUUGGUGCUGCUAUGGGUAUCCACACAACAGGAGUUUCCAUUAUUGGUGGUGGUGUGAAAGCACCUAGAAUCAAGACCAAGAAUUUAAUUUCAGUUAUCUUCUGUGAAGCUGUUGCUAUUUAUGGUUUAAUCACAGCUAUUGUGUUGUCCGGUAUGCUGGAAGCUCCUCCAGCUGUGGAGAUCAGCAAAACUGUUAGGGAACAGACUUGGAUGGCUGGAUAUGUUAUGUUUGGUGCAGGUUUGGCUGUGGGACUUGUGAAUCUGUUUUGUGGUAUUGCUGUAGGAAUUGUUGGAUCAGGAGCAGCUCUUUCUGAUGCUGCCAACUCUGCUCUGUUUGUUAAGAUACUUAUCAUUGAGAUUUUUGGCUCUGCUAUUGGUCUUUUCGGCCUAAUUGUUGGCAUUUAUAUGACUUCGAAAGUGAAGCAGAGUAGCAGCUCUUCAUCUUAAAAAAGCAUAUUCUUGUGGAUCAUACAAAGGAAGAAAUAUUAUAAUAUUCGUUCUUUUACAAUUAAACUGUUCAAUGUUUUUCUUCCUAAAAAACUGAUAUUUUGUCAAAGGAAUACAGAAAAAAAGGGUAGAUGAAUCAUUUACUUCAAUUAUCGUAAAGAUGAGCAGUCUACAGACAUAUAAAAAAUUGUAAGCAAAGGUUUGAAUGAUCCUUGGCGUGAUUUGUGUGUAAAGAGACUAAUUCGGUAGUUCCAAAUAAAGCUAUAUUGCUUUACUUUGAGAAAUACUCCAUUCUGUAUCUCAAAGUCAAUCAAUCUUGUUACAGUUAUGAUUGUUGUAAAUAUCAUUUAAGUCGUUAGUUCAACAUUCAUUUCUGCCAAUGAUACUUGUUUUUCUUUUUAAUAUAAAGAAUGUUAGAAUUAUAUUGAUAGUUUGAGUGUAUUGUGAAAAAAAUAACAGUUAUUGUAUCUGAAGAGAAAAAUUGAGUUGCAUUCCAAGUUAAAAAAUCAUCGUUUGUGCGUUUUAACAACUUUUAAUUUUUCAACAUUACGUAGGUACAUUGUACAAAAGUAACAAUUCAUUUUAUUUGAUAUAACAUGCAUGUAUCAUAUAAGAAAAUAUAUAUCUAUUAUAAAUGUAAAUACAUCAUUAUAAAAGAGAGGCAAAAGCCCACAUAGCUUUUGGCAGCAUUCAAAUACAAAUUUGCUUUCACCGAUAACAAAGAGAAAAAUUAUAAUUGUAAUUUUUU